UCUGUGGAACGUAGGAGAAGGAGCUUCUUCUGGAACGGGAGAAGUAGGCACCACCCCUCUUCUGAGGCAAUCUUACCCGUCCAUUUCUCAUUCCACCACCCCAGGCCUAAAACAGGUGAUCUGUAAGAUGUGGUAGUUUUAAGCACUAGUCUGCAGAGAGAAGAACGCUCAAUCGGUCAGUAAUCAGAGGCCUCCUACAGAUAUAGCAGCACUGUGGUGUCUUCAGCAUUUCUUCCAGACACUUAUCACACACGCUUUGAGCCAAAAGAUUCAGAAUGUCUGAUUCCACCUCAAUUAUGGAGUUUAGCGGGACGCAUCAAGCCUUCCGAGACCGCUGGGCGAAGACAGAUGAUGAGAUGUGCAAGCACAGCAUGUCUUUCGACUUGCACAAUACUCUGAGGAAAGAGUUCUUCGCCAGCUACCUGUACCUCCUCGAGCAGAUUCCUCUGGUGAAACUCUAUGCCGUGACUUGUGAGUACAUUAAAGGGGAGAAGCAGUUUUACUACAGAGCACAGAACUUCUACAAAGAUGUCCCGGCUUCAGAGGAGGGCAUGAUGGGAGAUUUUGUGGAGAUAUCGGAGAUUGACCUUGAAGGUUCAAGACAGUUCCUGAAGAAGUUUGUUGGUCCAGGAAAGGCUGGCACCAAGCGAGCACUAGACUGCGGCUGUGGAAUCGGGAGGGUUUCUAAAGGUGUUCUGUUUCCUGUGUUUGAUUCUAUGGAGAUGCUUGACAUGAUGGAAGACUUCAUCCUCCACGCUCAUGAGGUUUACCUCGGAGAUUACGCAGACCGAGUGGAGGCCUACUACCUUUACAAUCUGCAGGAAUUCACCCCACCUACAAAGAGAUACGAUGUCAUCUGGCUGCAGUGGGUUGCCUGUCAUCUUACUGAUAAGGACCUGAUGGAGUUUCUAAAGCGUGCUAAGCAGAGUCUGAGGCCCAACGGUGUGAUCAUCAUUAAGGAUAACAUGGCACGGCAGGGCUGCAAGUUGGACCCCAUUGACAGCAGCAUCAUUCGACACCUGGACAUCAUGAAGAACAUCAUUCAGACAGCAGGUCUGACUAUACUGGAUGUGGAAAAGCAGGAAGGCUUUCCUGAGAUUAUCGUGCCUGUAUGGAUGAUCGCCAUGCGCUGAAGGAAAGACUUGGGUUAGAAGCAGAUUUUUUUUUUUAGAUGGAUGUUAUACACGCACUUAUGUAUAGUAUAUAUUAUAAAAGCAUACUAAUUUAUUUUUUUAUACCAUUUGCCAGCUAAUAUCAAACUGAAUUAAUUUCAGUUUAUGGAAAUUUGUUGAUCUGUUUUUUUUUUCCUCAGCAACUUUGCAGUAGAAAGCAGGCUAUUAUGUUUCUACUUCAUAUACACUAUCAGUCAAAUGUUUUUGGACAGUAAAAAUUCAGCUUUGAAAUCACAGGAAUAAAUUACAUUUUAAAAUAUAUUCAAAUAGAAAACAGUUAUUUUAAAUAGUAAACAUAUUUCAGAAUUUUACUGUUUUUGCUGUGCUUUGGAUCAAAUAAAUGCAGGCUUAGUGAGCAGAAGAGACUUCUUUAAAAAAAAAAACAUCAGAAAUCUUAAAAAAUAUUUAAAAACUUUU